GGACGAUUGCGGUAAGGGGCGCUCGCCGAAAUUCCUACGAGACCUUCCCGAGAGUUGGCGCAAAAGAAUCAACCGUACCGGAUGUGGCUCGAUUGAACUCGGAACGCAUUCAAUUACACAAAUUAUUGUCGACCCUAUUCACUAAGAUGAAGAAAUUGCAGAGUUUCUGGUGAGAUUUACACCUGGCAGGGUAUGACCCUAUUCCAUUCUCCACCACGCUAAUAGAAGGGUUUAUUCUUAUCUCCCAAAGUUGGACGGCCGAUUGCCUAUACCCAACCAAAGAGGUCUUCAAGCUCCAGGAGAAUGUCAAAGUUUUCAUUUAUCUCUAUCCCAGGGCUCUUCAAAAUGCCCGAAAAGAUAAGGUCUUAUCAGAUGCGUACCCUGAGAUACGUCACGCGUCCUUUAAGUGUUUGAAAGAGCUAUCAAUUUUUGACAUCCCCUAUCUUCGAACCCUAAACCACAUAUCGAAAAUCCUAGUGGAAGUACGAGGGACGAUUAGAGUCCUCAGGCUUGGGCUGAUCAAAGAGGGUGAUCGUUUUAGGGCUCUGCCCCAGAUGUAUAAGACCUCUUCCGCCUAUUCUCAAGACCUCCUUCUUACAGUAACAAAGGGUCUCUCAAAAUUCUCAAAAACUGAUGGCUUUGUUCGCCUACAUACCCUGGAAAUCCUAUUUUGCAAUCACCUAGUUAUCCAGGCAUGGGCUCAAAUCUUUGAUUUCACUGCUAUCAAGAGCUUUUCCCUCAUCCAUUCAUUUCACUUCGGUGUACAUUAUCCUUCUCCUUGGACUUACUUGCAGUCGAGGCGUGUUACCCUGAAAAGGCUUAAAACCAAUAUCUACGUGACAGGGGCUGUUGGUUAUCUCCAGUCCUUUAACUCUCUUGAGGAGCUUUAUCUCAUAGGUAGCCCGGAAUACCUGGAUUUUGGAGCUCUCCGCUUCCACUUUUCGAAUCUUAGAGCAUUUUUGUGUCUGGAAUAUGUAACUCACCUUCGGUUCUUCGUCAGAAACAUUCACUUACUGAUUGCAGGAUGCCCCAAGUUAGAGGAGCUGGGAAUUCCCUUGCCCAGAAAAAUCCAGGUACAUUUGUCACUGUCCAAUUAUUCCUUUAAGUCUUUAUCAUGUGCAUGCUUACGUUUAGUUUACUACAUUUAGAGUACAGUAUGGAGCGUACUGGCUCAUGCCCCUGCUUUAAGGUGCCUCUACUUUAUAAAAUAUAACACUGGACGGAUAGGUUCUCUCCAAGCCCUGGACCCGUUCAUUUUCGAGUUUUUUGGUUACUUCGAAUUACACCCUUCUCCUCUCAUUUACCGACUGGAGAUGCU